CACAUUUUCAUUAGAGUUUUUCUCAUCCACUUUUUCUACCGAUAAUCUUCGGCGAGCAGUGAUAAUUUAUUGGAUAAACACCGCUAAAUUGUAUCAAAACAUUAAUCGCUAUGCAGGCAAAUAUGAGACAGCUGGUGUCAUUGUUGUCAAAGACAAAUUUUAACACUUUCCGUGCAUCGAGUGCUCUUUAUUGUCGACAUUAUUCCAGUCAACAUGAAGCUGAUGUUGUGGUAGUUGGUUCCGGUCCUGGUGGAUAUGUAGCAGCAAUCAAAGCAGCACAAAUGGGUCUCAACACUGUAUGCAUCGAGAAAGGAGACACACUCGGUGGAACGUGUUUAAAUGUUGGAUGUAUCCCAUCAAAAGCUCUUCUAAACAACUCUCACUAUUACCAUAUGGCUCAUUCCGGUGACUUAGCCAGUCGUGGAAUUGAAGUUGGUGAAGUCAAACUCGAUCUUGAGAAGUUGAUGGGACAGAAAUCCAACGCUGUAAAAUCCUUAACUGGUGGCAUUGCACAGCUUUUCAAGAAGAACAAAGUAACACACUUAAAUGGAUGGGGAACCAUAACCGGUCCCAAUACAGUUCAAGCGAAAAUGGCUGAUGGAUCAGUGGAAACUGUCAACACUAAAUACAUGAUUGUUGCAACUGGCUCUGAAGUCACACCAUUCCCUGGAAUCGAAAUCGAUGAAGAAACAAUUGUUUCAAGCACAGGUGCUUUGUCACUUAAAGAAGUUCCAAAACGAAUGGUUGUCAUUGGUGCUGGUGUCAUUGGACUCGAGUUGGGUUCAGUAUGGUCACGUCUUGGAUCAGAAGUCAUUGCUGUUGAAUUUUUAAACUCUAUUGGUGGAGCUGGAAUCGAUGGCGAAGUUUCAAAAUCUUUCCAGAAGAUUCUUACGAAACAAGGAUUGAAAUUCAAACUUGGGACAAAAGUCACAGGAGCCUCAAGAACAGGAAGUGGCUCAAUCACAGUAUCAGUAGAAUCAGUUAAGGAUGGAGCUAAAGAAGAUCUUGAAUGUGAUGUUCUAUUAGUUUGUGUCGGACGUCGUCCUUAUACUGAUUGUUUGGGAUUAGAAAAUGUUGGAAUUGCUUUAGAUGAUCGAGGCAGAAUUCCAGUAAAUGCACAACUUCAAACAAUUGUCCCCAAUAUUCAUGCUAUCGGUGACGUUAUUCAUGGACCAAUGUUGGCACAUAAAGCAGAAGAUGAAGGCAUCAUUUGUGUUGAAGGAAUCUUAGGUGGACAUGUUCAUCUUGAUUAUAAUUGUGUACCGUCGGUUGUGUACACACAUCCAGAAGUUGCAUGGGUUGGAAAGACAGAAGAGGAUCUGAAGAAAGAAGGUGUUGAAUAUAAAAUUGGAAAAUUCCCGUACAUGGCAAACUCUCGUGCAAAGACAAACAACGAAACUGAUGGAUUCGUGAAAGUUCUUGCUGAUAAGGCAACAGAUCGCAUUUUGGGGACACAUAUGAUUGGACCGGGUGCUGGUGAACUCAUUAAUGAAUCUGUUUUGGCAAUGGAAUAUGGAGCGUCAGCCGAGGACGUUGCUCGUGUGUGUCAUGCCCAUCCUACCUGCGCUGAAGCUCUCAGAGAGGCUAAUCUUGCUGCCUAUAUUGGAAAGCCGAUUAAUUUCUAAGCGUUAUGAACAUAAUUAAUACAUUCACGAUCGAAUUGUUGGAUAUUAUAAAUCCAAUAAAAAGAAGAAAAAAAAUAAAUGUAAUAUCAUCAAUGUAAUUUAUCGAGACAACAGAACAUUUUAUUUGAUUAAAAUUAGGAAAAUAAAAAGAAACGAAAAACUAAAUUUAUAACGUGG